AUGUACAGCGAACCUAAAGCAUUGCUAUCUAUCACAUCUGCGCACCUGCUGUCUGGACUCUUUGCCUCUCUUUAUGUUGGCUCCAUUUAUGCAUUCAAGGAUGCUCGUCUUCGCUUCUCCAAGAGGAAGGUCAACCUUCCAGAAGGACAAGCUAGGCUCAAAUUCCAAAACGAGCGAUGGAGAGAUGAUCCGGAUGUUAUCAAGGCGCGACUACUUGCCGUUACCAGCGCCACUUUGAUUUGCUGUCUCAUCGUAUUCAUCGUGAUGAAAAAUUCAAACCGCGAUAAUGAAAUUGUAUGUUACCAAGUUGCCUCAAUGGGGAACCACAACCUUACCACAAAUGCGUGGCUUCAUCUUGGGUUCACAUGGUCUCACGUACUUCCGCUCCUGAUAACUCCAUUGUUAUUUUCUGGGCCACUUUACGUUCAAUUCCUCGAAAAGACUCUACCAUUCCAAAAGGACUGGAAUUUUGAAGAUCAUGUCCUGUUUCGAUUCUUUUCGAUCGUCGGUCUUCGAAAUUAUUUUGUUGCUCCGAUCACCGAAGAAUUCGUGUUUCGCGCUUGUGUUCUCACUGUCUAUCACUUAGCAGGCGCCUCCAGGAUGAAAAUGAUUUUCCUUAGUCCUUUGGUCUUUGGCGCAGCACACAUCCAUCACGCUUUCGAAACGUACCACAGAUAUGGCCGUUCUGCCACCGCGGCAAAACGUGCCAUUAUAUCUACUAUCAUCCAAUUCGCGUAUACCAGCAUCUUUGGAUUUUAUUGCUCCUAUUUAUUUCUUCGCUCCGGAUCAUUGCUUCCACCCAUUACAGCUCAUAUGUUCUGCAAUGUGAUGGGUAUACCUCAACCAAACCAUGAAAUCAGUCUGAUGCCCAAUCGGAAGCUAUCCAUUUCGGCCGCGUAUCUUUUUGGUAUUAUCGGCUUCGUGGGCAUGCUCAAGCCUUGGUCGUGCACGCAUGGUAGCUUAUACUGGCAGCAAACCUAG